AUGGUCGAGAAGAUGGUGAAAUGCUGCAUCCCAUGUCAAGCUGUCACAGACAUGCCAAAACGACGAGAACCUUUGAAGAUGACAAACUUACCAGCAGCACCGUGGACGAAUGUAUCAGUUGAUUUGACAGGUCCAUUCCCAUCAGGAGACUACAUGCUAGUUGUCAUGGACGAUUACACAAGAUAUCCUGAAGUUGAAAUCAUAAAAUCGACGUCAGCAAGAGCAGUUAUCCCAAAACUUGAUGCAAUAUUCGCACGACAAGGUAUCCCCAAGGUCGUGAAGUCGGACAAUGGAUCACCUUUCAACAGUAAAGAAUUUGCAGAUUUUGCAGUAUACCUAGGCUUCCAUCAUCGCAGAAUUACACCUCUAUGGCCUGAAGCAAAUGGAGAAGUCGAGAGAUUCAUGAGAAUUUUGAAGAAAUGCAUUCAAACAGCCACAGCUGAAAGCAAAAAUUGGAAACAAGAAUUAUGGAAAUUCCUGAGACACUACAGAGCUACUCCACACUCAACGACAACAGUAAGUCCAUUUGAAUCCCUGACAGGCAGGAAGAUGGCGCUACAAAUACCUGAAGUUCAAAAUGAACAUAUCGUCCAACCAGAAGAUCAACGAUCAACUCCGAAGAAAAGAUGA